AUMCAAAGAAACACAACACCAAUGUACCGUGCACCAGAAAUGGUUGACUURUAUAGCAAUCACCCRGUCACAGAAAAGGCUGACAUAUGGGCACUAGGAUGUAUUCUUUUCUACUUGUGUUUCAUGGAACACCCAUUUGAAGAUUCUGCCAAACUUAGGAUAAUUAAUGCCAAAUAUACCAUCCCAGAAAUGGAUCGAACWUACAAUGAAUUCCAUCCCCUUAUUGUUGCUAAAUCUGGUAUUAUAUUCCAGGAUGGCCGAGUAUCGUCAGGUGUUAUGGUUGCWGCUUUCUUCGUGUUCUGUAAACUGUUCAAAAAUCCCAACGUUGCUGCAGAUAUGUUUAGUAUACGACGAUGUGGAAUAGGCCACAAAGUUUCUCUAACACCUUCCCAAGAAAGGUAUCUUUUGUACAUAACACAGCUCAUCAACAAUCCCAGUAUAAGACCGCAAAUGUCUGCACUAUACAUCAAGUCAGUCACUAUGAACCCAGUACCUGCCUUUAACAGAUCGAGAAAUGGAUGUAGACCGUUCAUAGAAGUUUAUCAAGGUGAAAAACGGACGCUCACUACUGUGCAAGAAAUUGAAAAAAUGAGGGAGUUUACGCUUAGUGAUGGCAAAGUGACUUUCCCGGUAAACUUGACAUUAAUCGGUGACGUCACGAUCAUCGUGUAUCAUGGAAGAUCGACUCUUGGCGGGAAAGUCCAGGGCAAGAUGGCGUCUAUCAGAGUAUUCCAAGUACAGUUUCACACUGGAUUCAUCAAUCCUAAUGCAACAAAGCUUAAAUAUUCCAGGGCUGAAUUAGAUGUAUCGAAAGAAAGCGAAACGAAAUUCCCCAAUCGAUUUUGUGUCACUCUUGACGUCAGUAUCGACACGGACCGCGUUAGUAGCACAACUCACACGUGGGAUACCUUGAACCCAGAGAGACUGGGCCCUAACGUGUGUUUCUCGUCCAAGGAAGAGUUUUUGGAAUGUCAAGAAGAGUUCGUWAAUGCCGAUGAUCGCGAGUCUUCUAUGACAUUUCACGCCGUUCACGAAAAUCGGCCGAGCUCACCCGAAGUAGACACGAGUCCCGAUCGGCCAACUUCGGUUCCCCGCGUCGAUAGUUCUGCAUCUGAAGAGUCGAGAGACGAACAUAGCGACGACGAAUUCGCGAAAGAAUUUUUCAACUUACGGUCGUCUAAAGGAUCAACAGAAGUAGCUCAAGAGGCACUUGAAGGGGAUUACUUCACGAGCAAGGAGACGAAUGGGC